AAACAAAUUUUUGUUUAUCAAUAUUUCAUUUUUGUUUUGUCGAUAUUUUUGAUUUUGCGGUCAUCGAGUUAAAAUAUCUACAAAAUGGGUGAAAUAAAACCUUCCCUGAUGGAUAAUCCACGAGCUGCUUUGGAGGUCUAUAUUACUGCAUUGCAGAGUGAGUCAAAAAUGGCUCGAAAGCAGGCUCUGGUUAAAAUUAAUGAAGAGAUAUUUGAAACUCCUGCUAACAAGGACUGCGACCUCACUGUGGUAUUCCCUGAAGUAUAUGCUUACGUCUUGAAAAGUUUCUCUGACGCCUCAGAGGGCUGUCGAGAAACCUCAGCCUUGAUAAUAUCGAACUUCAUCGAGAAGUUACCGCUGAACGACUACUACUUGACGUACAUUCUACCAGUGAUUGUCCGUCGUAUAGGCUGCCCAGAGAUCGUAGAAGACUCUGAAGAGAUCCGCUUAGUCCUCAUUGAACUGGUGCAUAAGAUAUUAGACAAGUAUAAAGUGUCUUACUUGCUGAGUCCUUUUAUUAAUGACUUUACCAGCAUUUUGACCAAAACAGUGACUGAUCCGUUUCCAAAAGUGAAGCUUCAGGCAUGUGAAUGCAUCAUUAUGAUGACAAAGGUCUUACAAAGAGACUUCCAUUUCCAAUCCUCAAGUUACGUCAAGCCAAUUCUGUCUAAUUUUGCGCAUCAACACUUCAGAGUUCGAGUUGCUGCUAUUAGAGCUAUUGGGGCUGUAGUUCUAGCAGGUGAUGCAAAGUGCUUCGAGCUGUCCAUCACUCCCAUGGCUGAGAAGCUGUUUGAUGAGAACAAUCUGGUCAGAAUGCAGGUCACCCUGGAAGUGGGAAACUGGAUGCUCAGCUAUAGAGAUAGAUACUCCUUCUGGCAUCGCAUGAUACCUUUGUUGUUGACGAGCCUAAGCGACGUAAUGGAGGACAUAAGAAACACCGCCACGAGUCUUUGGAACGAUAUAGGAAUUCAGUACAUGGAGGAAAACGAGGAAGACUUCAAGAAGAAGACAGAUUUCCUGAAAGAUGUCCCAACCCAUUACCCUGAUGUUAAGAGACCUAACUUCGGCUGCAGGUCGCUGGUACAAAGCAAUAUUGGCAAAAUUGUACCAGCUAUUGGGAAAGAAAUGGACGGCUGGCAAGCUGAUGCCCGACUCCGCGUCUCCCAACUCCUAUGCUGGCUGAUUCUAUGUGCUGAAGAAGGUUCGACCCAGCACGCUAACGCUAUUGUGAGAGCUAUGCUGCGAGGCGCUACUGAUGAAGAUCCUAGGGUUAUACUUGAGAUAAAACGUGCAGCCGAGUUAUUCGGCUACUUCAUAACGCCCACCACUUGGUGGCCGCUGCUCGAAGCCGAGGUAGACUCCUGGGCGGCUCUGCUGGUUAUAGCCAACAUCAUCAAAGGUUCCCGCCCAGAACUGCUCCAGGAGAAGGUGUUAGUUGAGUUGUGUAGGGAGGCUGCAGAUCCUGAUAGAUGCAGGACUAGGAAGCCGAAAUACCAAACGAACCUGCUAUACACAUGCGAAGCCCUACUGGAUGUGUGCGGGGAGGCGUGCGCUACUGUCUCAGAAGACCUGUUCACUAUCAUCUUCUCUGUGUACGCCAUGCCCUUCGAUAAUAAGAUACAGUUUAUGGCCCUGUCAAACCUCGACAAGUUACGUUACGCAGAGAAAUGCGGCAAGACCCUCACCAGUCUAUACGAGAAGCACAUCGGUAAGGUACUGGGAGGUAUAACCAGCGACGCGCUAACUUGGACGCAACUGUCGCCGGACAAGUGUCUACUGGAGUGCACUAUGUUGCAUACUGGAUCUGCAAUGGGAGGCCAACUGCAUCUGAUCGCGCCUCUCCUAAAAGAAUGCCUGGCGACCCCCAAAGUAGACCCGGAGGUGAAACUCAAGAUCUUCACAUGUUUGUCCACCGUGCUGCUGAAGAAAGACACCAACUUCAGGACCUGUGACACUGACAAGUUGGAGGCUUUCCUCAAGAUUGUCAUUGAAGAGGUAAUAAUGCCGAAUUUGGUGUGGUGUGCCGGCCGUACCGCGGAGGCCAUACGUACCGCGGCUGUCGCUUGCCUCUGCUCGGCGCUGCAGGAAAACCCUUAUAACGAAGAAAUAUUGACCACGGAUAAGGGUGGCGAUGGCGAUAAGGAUGAUAAGGUGGUAAAUCUAUUCCCAACUAAAGACUCUUUAGAACCGUUCUUGGAGCAAAUGGUACCACUUCUAGUGGGUCUAGCGGAUGACAACUCGACGUUGACGCGACAGCACACAUUGCGAGCUGUGUGCUGUCUCGCUGUGUUAGCUGGCCAGCGGGGGUGUUUCACUGCUGAGACCCUGCAUAAGCUGUAUUUUGUGGUACUAAAACGCCUAGACGACAGCAGCGACAAGGUCCGCUCCUACGCCGUACAAACUCUAGUGACGCUCUUCAGCUACCGUCCCGACCCUUACGAUACGACGCUAUACGGGGCCCAUAUCGAUGCUUUAUACAGUGCCAUGCUGAUACACCUCGAUGAUGCUGACGAGGCCUUUAGGAAACAGAUGCUUGAGGCACUGAUCAAGCUCAGCGACAUAGACCCGCGCACUCUCAUGAAGAAGGUUAAGGCCAAUAUACAUCUUUAUAGGAACAAAAUGGCGUAUGAAAAAUUGUCUAGUCAUAUUGAAAAAAUAUUGUAAGAAUAAAAUUAUUCUUGUACACAACAACCACUGUAACUGUAAUUUGAGGUGAAAAUGGUUCUAUGGGAAGAAUAUCAGCGUCUCUGGCACGCCUUGCUAUUGGUAUAUGUAUUUAAUGUUUCCUCAAAAAGUGCCUGCAGUUGGUUAUUUGUGUACAGAAUAGAAGCCUUAAAAAGGUGCAGCUAGCUAGUCGGUGUUUUAUUCUAGCUGUACAUUUUAUCAAAUGUGCCUUUAGAGUAAUGUUAAUUUAAUUGUGAGUUGAAUGAUUAUAUAGGUUUAAUUUUAUUUUAUUUCUGAACAAAGCGUGUUCGCUUGAUGUGGAAAUGCCUUAAUAUUUAAUUUUACGUGCAAUAAAAUAAAAUAUAAAAAAACA